AUGUUCGAUCAUACUGCACCGGUAUAUAGCUAUGAGGAGAACAAUCAGCGUGAACAAUUAUCAGAUGAAUCACUACUUCAACUUGACGGGGAAGAGAUGAAAGUAGCCCCGUCACUGUCUGAACAGGCAGAGGUCGUACCGGGGGUAGCGGGCACGGCCGUCAACUUGCCAUUGUCUUGCUUUAACUCCGGUCUUCCUGUUGAAGGUCCAAGUGAACUGGAAAAGGAAUUUGCAACAGAAUCGAGGCACACGGGAACCGAUAAAAACGCCAAAUGCAUUGCAGUACAGUGGAAUGUAAACGGCGUUCAGGAACGUUAUGCUGAGCUACAAUUACUAGUAAAUGAAUACCAACCGUCAGUAAUCGCUCUACAGGAAACGCGAAUAUCUCGUGUACAGAUUAUGGACCGCUUUCAUCGUUCGGAAUACAAGUGGAACAUUCGACAUGGACCAACAUCUCACUCUCAAAACGGCGUGGGCCUUGCUAUUCACCGAUCAGCAACACACAGAUUUCUUCAACUCAAAACAGCAUUACAAGUAGUCGCAGCUCGUGUCGACCAUCCUGUAAAAGCUACAUAUGCCUCGGUUUAUAUACAAUGUCACAUGCCACCACGACAACUCGAGGAGGAACUUGAAAGGUUAAUCAUCGAGCUACCACCACCCAUCGUGCUACUGGGCGAUUUUAACUCACACAACCCACUAUGGGGGAGCGAAACACACGAUCCUAAAGGAGUCAUUAUUGAGGAUUUCGUAGCAAAACAUAAUCUUGUGAUCUUAAACACUGGAGAACAUACAAGGCUCGAUCCUCGUACAGCUAAUGAGAAAACGCUCGCAAAAAUCGAUAAAUCUCUGGAAAGAAUUGAAGCAUUCAUAGAAGACUUGGUAGAUGCAUCAGAGCAACAACAAAACGAUCGUCCAGAAGAAUUGCCUGGAGAUCUAGAGACUCUUCAAAGGCUCAAGAUCGCCCAGCUUCAAUCAAGCAUAAAAGAAACUUCCCAGCAGAAACAACAAUUAGAGCAGGAACUUCAGGAACAGCUACUUCAACAUCAGUCGCCGAAACCGUUAGAUCAACCCGUUUUGGAGAAUCAGCGUGAACAAGAACAGCAAAUACAAAAACAGCAUCAACAAGAGCUGAUACGUCAACAUCAGCAACAACUACAACAAGAACAGCAGCUUAGGAUUCAACAACAACAGCAAGGACAGCAACUCCAACAAUCGCUAGAUCAGAUGCUACAGCAACGACAGCAAUUGGAAGAACAAUUACACCGGGAGCAGAUACAGAGGCAGCAAAUUGAAGCGCAGUUACGAGGGCAACAAAAUCAAGGUGUCUUACGACAAGGAUUUCAGAACAGCUCCAUUCCGGGACAUUGGGAUCCUUAUCUACAAAAUCAGUACGGAUUGCCACAACAGCACCGUGAAUUGGACAAUAUUCCACCGCUCUUGCGAGAGAACUUCAUACGAUUCCCUCAGUCUGUACACAAGUGGCCUUGCAAUGGUAAGACGAAUAUCAUCCAACUAGGUGAAUUCCUCAACCAAGUAAACACAUACGCCGACACGGAAGGAAUUGAUGGGCAAACGUUGGUCCGUUUAGUUAAGUAUUUACUCAAAGGGCGAGCUCUUCAGUGGUACACACGCUCUUACAUCCACCUUACCAGUUGGGAAGCGUUCAAAUCGGAAAUUAAGCAGGAGUUUUUACCUACGAACUAUUCCGAGAUCAUCAAACAAGAUCUGUAUUUACGAUUCCAAAGGUCAAACGAAUCGUUUACGACGUUCUACAGAGAUCUAGUAGCAGCCUUUGAAAUAAUUGAAUCAGUAAUAUCAGAAUCGGAAAAACUUUUCAUAAUGAAAUCUCACCUGAACUCGGACAACACUCCGAUAGCAGCAGCAUCACGAGCGAUAACAGUCAAGGACAUAGUCGCUGUUUGCAAAGACUUUGAAGUGUCUCGGUCCUAUUCGAUUCGGGGUAGAGCUUCGACUACUCCCCGCAUUCCUUGAAACAAACCUGAAACUCCGGCAAUUCAGCGUCCAGUGACGAUCAGGGUGGACAAUCCUUACCGGCAACUAUUCAAUAGGCAGCCGUUCAACAGAGCGCAGGUUAACACGGUGGAACUCAACCCAGACGGGGAAGAAGACUGGAACCCUCUUGAAGUACAGGAACGCGAAGCAUUCCAGCAGGGCAUGGCCAUUCAGAAUGAAAUAACGGCAACUCCACAACAGCGACGAACUGCCACGGAAGAAGUUAACGCAGUUUGUCUGCAACAGAAUUGGAAGGAAAGAGCAGUUGCAGAACCACUGCAACAGACCAGUAGCGAACAUCGCACAAGGAAUUCGGUACCAACUAUCAUCUGUUGGCAAUGUGAAAAUCCAGGUCACACUUAUCCAAACUGUCCCAACCAGAAACGAUUCCUAUUCUGCUACAGCUGUGGGAAAAAAGGAUGCACAACACGGAACUGCGAGGCAUGCAUCUUAAGAUGGAAGUCAGUGAACAUCUCACAGCAUCCGGGAAACCGUAGCUGGGAGAACUCUCAAUAA